AUGGAAGAAAGUCCUAGAAAACCAACAUCUUCAAGAGUUAUUGAUUCUUUACAUCAAGAGAUUGAUAGUUUGAAAUCAGAAUUAGAAUCCACAAAGCUUUCUAACUCAAGCUAUAAGAAGAAGUUUGAAAUCUUAUCACAAAAGAAUGAACUGUAUGUUGAUCAGUUAGCUAAUGCCAAACAUGAAAAUGAUAUGAUAAAUGCUUUAUUGAAAAGAAAAGAAAGAAGAAUCGUUGACUUAGAAAAUGAAUACAAUGACAUAUUAUCAAGCAAUGAAAAUUUGAAGUUAACUAAUAAGAAUAUGAAGAUCAGGUGUGAUAAUUUACAAGAAAGUAGUAGCCAAAGUACUGCAGAAUAUGAAAGAUUGAAGAUUGCUUAUGAUGCGUUGACGGCUUCACAAUUAGAAUAUAAAAGACAUUACGAAUCUGAAAUCAAGAACUUGAAUGAAAAUUUCAAAAAUUUUAAGGUUGAAUAUGUUGAAAAAUAUGAAAACUUAUCUAAAACUUUUAAUGAUAAUGAUAAGGAUAUCGAUUCCUUAUUGGAUGGCUUAACCAAUAAGAGGAAAUAUUUGGAUAAUUUAUAUUUCAAUAAGAAUAAACUAAUUUUAGAAUUAUUAUCAAGAUUAGCCAAUAUUUCUAAAAUUCAUGGUCAAGAUGUGAAAGAAAUUUUAACUGAUAACUUAGCUAAUAUUAGCUUAUUAGUUGAGAAAUACCCUGACCUCAACUUAAAAUUAAUGAAGGAUAACGAUAAUAGUAUCAAUUUAGAUGAUUUAUUGAAUGAAUCUAAUGAUGCUAUAAAUUCAUCAUUUGAUGAAGAAGCUACAUUAAUAGAAGAACCUAAAUUAUCAAGAUCAAACACUUUGAAGAAAACUAAUGGUAAGAAAAACUAUGGUAAAAGGAAUAGUAAAUUUGAAGAAAGAGCCAGGACUCCAACCCCUCCAUCAAACAAUACACAUACUGAUAAGAAGGUCAAUAACUAUUCCUAUAACAAUUCAAAUAACAAUAAUAAUUCACAUAAAGGAAAGAGAAGGUCAAUGUAUGGGAAUAAAAAUAUAUCUAUAAAUACGUAG